AUGGACCGAACAAAAUGGCCUGCGAUUGCUGGAUUCGCCGUUGGCACGUAUCUGCUGUCGAGGGAUGUGCCGACAACCUUCGCCUUCGAAAAGCCAAUCCAUACAAGCAUUGUCGUACUUGCUUCGUUGGCCGCCGCAACCCUUGGGUUGAGCAGGAUACUGCCUAAAAGUAGUGGCUCGCACGAAGACUACCACGCAAUACCGUUGGAGGAUUGUGGGACACUGCGCUCAUCCCGUGAUUCGUCACCCGCCCUGGAGAAUGUGCGAUACCCUUCUAGUCUGCGCAAGCUACGGAUACUGUUCCUAGGUCUUGUUGCUGCGAUAUGCUUGAGAGUGGUCAUACUUCGCGAGUUACUGGCUUUCUACCAGUGUACGACGACUAGCUGGGAGGCACUUAUACCACUGGCUUUCGCGUGUGCGGAUUACUCCGCCAGGCAACCAUUGCCGUUCAGGAAGCGGGCAGUGACUGAUGAUCCUGACAUGAGCAUCCACGAAGCUUUGGGUAAGGCUUUGGCACGGUCACCAUACCGCUACCUUGGUUCUACGGCAUUAUUAAGCUUUGGGAGCAUAGUAGUUCUUUCGACACUUAAGGCACCAAGAUCUUCCCAUAUCUGCGCAGCUUCGCUGCCAUAUCAUUGGAUGAUACCAUGUCUGCAACGAAUCGGUAGUAUCCUCGACGCUGCCAUGUUAUACUGCAUUGGACAACUUCUGCGUCAACGCGAGGGGAGAGGUCCGCGAAGCAUUGCGCUGCGCUUUACAUCAGUUGGUUGGGCAUUCCUCUUCUCCGCUGUUGUUGUCUCGUUCGGAGGCCUUGUCUAUUACUACGUUACGCCAGACGAUAGGCUCUGGAUUCUUACGAUACCCACAUUGUACUUCAGGGGCGUUUUGCGAAUGAACGCCUUAUUCUGCUUCACUGCUGUUUCUGCAUUAUUCACGCUCUACCAUACUAGCUCCAUGUCCAUCUCAGCCAUAGCUGCCUUUGUCUCCGUCUGCACGACGAGUACCGCCUAUGCUUGGACCCUAACGCAUCCUUUCCCUCCGACAUCGACCGCUAUCGCAUUUAUCGCGACCUGCGUGACGCUGAUAGGGUUUGCACUCUACGUCCAUGCCGAUGCUGCUUCUACCAAGGAAGACCCAAGUGACUCGCAUCGACUGUUUUCCAAGCCACCUUACUGGCUUUAUCUCAUCCUAUUUGUGCUCCUUUGCCUGCAUGGAGGACUGUUGGCAACGCGCAGUACCUCUGUCACAUACCAUCCGAUCGACUUGCUUACCUUUGAGGCGGAGACGCAACAUGAAUCGUACUUCAACCGGAGCAGCGCUAGUCUUACACUGCGGGAGGCAGCGGAAGCAUACCGAUUGAGGUACAGCCGACAUCCUCCGCCAGGCUUUCAGCAUUGGUAUAACUAUGCAACAGCGCGUAACUCGGUGAUCAUCGACACUUAUGACAGCGUCCAGCGUGACAUCCUGCCCUUCUAUUCAUUGAACCCGGAAGUCAUACGCCAGCGCACGUGGCAACUACUGGCAAACCCAUGGAACGAUGUUGCUGGUAUCAGCAUUCGCAACGGAUCGGUGUCGCUCAGCACAGAUGUUGUGGGCACUCACAGGUGGAUGUUCGACGGCUUGGUGGAGAUGAUCGAUCACUUCGCUGAGUACUUGCCAGACAUGGAUCUCGCCUUCAACCUCAACGACGAGUGCAGAGUCGCGGUUCCGUUCGAAGAGUUGGACCGCAUCCGUCCGAGCGUAGCAACACCCAGCAACUCUGAUACGGACUACAACAAGUUCAGCGCAGACCGCACCCAGCAAUGGCCUCCGAUUCCGACUGAGCCUCUGGCUGAAACCCCGCUUGAGGAACUCUCUUGGCAACGUACGUUCUAUGAGUUCGGAAGCGUCAGCUGUCCACCAAGCUCGCCAGCGCGGACCCAGCGUCUGUGGGAUGUCAGCCAAAUGUGCAUGGAUUGCACGCUCCCGCAAUCAUUAGGCGCAUAUCUUGCGAAUUGGACUAUGGCUGCAGACAUCUGCCACCAGCCCGAUCUAGCCAACCUUCACGGCUUGUACAUGUCUCCCGCGGCGUUCAAGGCAGCGCAUGACCUGUAUCCCAUCUUUUCCCAAUCGAAAGCUCCUGGUUUCAACGACAUCCUGUACCCUUCUCCGUGGAAUUAUAUGGAUAAGGUGAAGUACAACCCAUCGCCUGAGCACCCGGAUAUGCUGUUCGCAGAGAAACACAGCACGCUCUUCUGGCGAGGCGCAACGUCUGAGGGCGUAUCAAGCGUCGGUCAGUGGCGAGGCAUGACUCGUCAGCGCUUCAUCCAUCUAGCCAACAACAUCAACGGCAGCGAAGCACCCCAACUACUACUACUCCCGCAGGGGGCCACGAGCGUUAUCCACAGAUGGCAGACGCAGCCUAGCGAGGUCAAUACGUCAGCGUACUCUUACGUGCCGAUUUCCGACUUGACAAAGCUGCUGUCUACAGACGUGCACAUCGUAGAUUCCAUCGCUCGAUGCUGGCCUAAGGACUGUUCGCAGCAAGCCCAAGAGUACGCACCCUUAGCUCCACCAACCGAUUUCCAAGAUCACUGGAAGUACAAGUACCUUCUUGAUCUAGACGGCGCAGGCUUCUCGGGCCGAUUCUUGCCAUUCCUGCAAUCGCGCUCUCUGCCAUUCAAAGUUGCGCUGUUCCGUGAGUGGUGGGAUGACAGAGUGACGCCUUGGCAGCACUUCGUCCCGCUCGAUAUUCGAGGCCAUGGAUUCUGGGCCACGCUUUCAUACUUCGCCGGCGUCAAUGGAACAGUCAAAGGAAGACAUGUCGUGAUGGAACCGCACGCGCACGAGGCCGAGAGGAUUGCGGAGCAAGGCCGUGCUUGGGCCAACAGAGUGCUUCGCAAGGAAGAUAUGGAGAUCUACUUCUUUCGGCUGUUGCUCGAAUGGGGACGUCUUACGGAUGAUGCUAGAGACUCGAUUGGAUACACCGAUGAUCUUGUAUAG